UUCAAAUGGCCCACGACACACUCCAGUGACCCUCACAACAGCUCAUGCACCUCUUCUCCGGCCAGUCGAGUCAAUCGACGCCCUCUGCCACCCCGAAUCGCUCCUUCUCGCCCGCUCCCAAUCGAUCCAUCCAGCUGGGGCCUAGCACAAUCCCUCGAAGACCAGGCUUGAAUCAAAGAACUUCCUCCCUGUCCGCCGCCUCACUCGCCAGCUCGACCGAGAGUCUCCCCAGUACCGCAAGACUCACGAAUGGCUCUAGCUUAAAGAACGAACUCGCUAGCUCGCUUGCUCAAGAUGGAUCUUCCCCGGUCGAUAUCCUGAGGGACAUCCUGGGCCCUUUGCGCAAUGAAGACCUCACCGACGGUACAAAUGAUGUCCAUUCAGACGGCAGACCAACAACUUUGACCGAAAAAGUCGAGUUCAACGGCCUCAGUCUGCGCGAGUUCGCCAACACUGCUCCUCAAUCCACUCCGCUGCUUCUACGAGCGGGGCUGGACAUUGCCAUUGUGCAAGACUUUGAGAAUGAGAAAGACAAAUUCGAGGACCUGCACAAAUCCAUCCUCGCGUGCGAUGAGGUCCUCAAGUCCGUGGAGACAUACUUGACCUCCUUCCAAGCCGACCUGGCCAAUGUCUCGGCGGAGAUUGAGACCUUACAAAACCGGUCGGCCACGUUGAACAAUAAGUUGCACAACCGUAAGGCGGUAGAGAAGGUCCUCGCUCCCGAAGUCGAGGCACUCGCAAUACCAGCUGCGGUGGUCCGCAAAAUCUCGGAAGGAAGUGUAGACGAGGCAUGGGUAAAAGCGUUGGAUGAGCUGGAGAGACGAUCCGCGGCGAUUGAUGCCAAAUUGAAAGAGGACCGAGAUAUCCGAGCUCUGCAGGAUGUCCGACCGUUUAUCGAAGAUCUUUCGGCAAAGGCGGUGGAGCGUAUACGGGACUUUGUCGUCGCCCAGAUCAAGUCAUUGCGCUCGCCCAGCAUUAAUGCGCAAGUGAUCCAGCACAACAGCUUCCUGCAAUACAAGAAUGUGUUUGCCUUCCUUGCCAAGAGACAGCCGCAGCUUGGACAAGAAAUAUCGCAAGCCUACAUCAACACCAUGCGCUGGUACUAUCUCAGCCACUUCACGCGAUACAAAGCGGCACUGGAGAAGCUGAGUCUGCACACCAUCGAUCAGACCGAGUCGUUUGCAUCCGAGACCACUUCGACGAAAGGUGCAAAGGGCGUGAGCCGAGACCCCUUCUCCAUCGGGCGUCGUAGGGAUAUCCUGCAAACGCCAAAUUAUACAGCCAUGCCCGCCUAUGUUGCCGAGGAUGACAAAGGCACGCACUAUCUGGAAGUGCCUUUCCGCACCUUCAACCUCGCACUCGUGGACAACGCGUCCGCUGAAUACGCCUUUCUCACCGAGUUCUUCUCCAAACAGCCGUAUCAAACGACCAAUCGGAACUUCAACGAGAUCUUCCAGCCCGCAUUGGAUCUGGGUUUCGCCCUGACGAAACAACUCACCGAAGCCAGCUUCGACGCGCUAGGCGUGCUCACGUGUGUCCGACUCAACCAGCACCUGGCCUUCGAACUGCAGCGGCGGAAGAUUCCCGUUGUCGAAAGCUACAUCAACGGAACCAACAUGCUGCUCUGGCCGCGCUUCCAAAUCAUCAUCGAUGCCCACUGCGAGUCUAUCCGGCGAGCAACAGCAGCCCUGUCCGGGAGGCCGAGCGGUUCGGCACUAAGUCUGACCGCUUCCUCCUCGAGUGCGCAGUCCACCACUCCUCACGCACUGACGCAACGAUACGCCAACUUUCUACAAGGAAUACUCGCGCUAAGUAGUGAAGCGGGCGACGAUGAGCCGGUCUCCAACAGCGUGGGUAGACUGCGGAAUGAGUUCGAAGCCUUCUUGACGAAGCUAAGCAAGGGCAUUGCAGAGGCGAGGAAGCGCGAGAGAUUUUUGUACAACAACUACUCUCUCGUAUGUACCAUCAUCGCCGAGACGGAGGGCAAAUUGGCGGACGAUGUGAAGGGGCAUUAUUUGGAGAAGAGAGAUGGUCUAGCAGUUGCUACAUGAAUGAAUGAAUCACGAACCAGAGAUUGCGAAGAGAUAUCCUACAUGUAUGCGUUUGUGAGAAUAUAAUUGACCUUCCUGUGCAUAGAGCUCAAAUGCGGGUUCGACGUUUGUUGUUGCCUCAGGCAGGAAUUGUUGGCAAAGUCUUGGCGCGGUCCACCACCGAAUUUGCAUUAAGCGGCG